AUGUUAAUUGCUCGAUAUCAAAAAUUCGGUGUCGUUGGUCGACCGGUUAGUGACAACAAGCAAGUUCUCCUGGUACGCUAUGGACUUCAGCUCAUUCAGAUCUUGGAACUUGAUGAAAAUAAGCAGAUCCUGCAUACCAACUGCUGGUCUAUGUAUAAAUGGAAUGAUACACUACUACAAUGGAACCCUGCAGAGCAUGGAAAUAUCACAGAGGUCCGCAUCUUCCCCUCGCAAGUCUGGACGCCGGACAUCCAGCUCUUUAACUUUGUUGACGAACGUAUUCAAGAGCAUCGAAUUGCUCGAGUGGUCGUGCAUGCAGAUGGAAGUAUUUUGUGGGUGCCUCAAGCUCUUUUCAAAAGUGCCUGUCAAGUCGAAAUCACCUACUUUCCCUACGAUACUCAGGUGUGUACUCUGGAAUUCGGAUCUUGGACCUACGAUCGAACACAGCUAGAGUUGGAUUGGUGGAUAAGCACUCUGUCUCCUGAGCCAACACCGUACGUCGAUUUUAUUGAUUACGUGCCAAGUAACGAAUGGAAAACUGACGGUGAGAAGGAAAAAGACGUCAUUCACACCAAUCGUACUAGGCAGAUAAAAUCAACCAUAAUGUUGAAAGAGCGAAAUCAGACCGAAGGUAAUGUGAUCAUCACGAAGAAGUAUACCGUUCUGUGCUACAAGAUCCGACUACAUCGAGAAUCCAGCUUCUACACUUUCAUUCUGGUCGUGCCAUGUCUCCUUCUCUCCUCUUUAACGAUUGUUGUUUUCUGGCUCCCACCUGAAUCGCCUGCCAAAAUGAUGCUCGGAAUGAACAUUUUCGUUACCUUCUUCCUCCUUCUACUCGUGUUGGCCGAACAGACACCAAACGCAGUCAAAGAGUUCCCUCUGAUCGGCGCGUACUUCUGCCUCAAUAUGAUCAUGAUCACCUUGUCAACUUUUCUUGCAACACUCGUUAUCCACUUCCACUAUCGAGGAGCAAGAAAUGGACCCCUUCCCGCAAUUCUCCAUCGUACAUCGCAAUUGAUGCUUCGUUAA